AUGUACCAAAGUGGUGAACUAAGAAUUUGGCAUUCUCUCUGCAAAGUAUACGUUCUGGUCGCAAGAAUUCUUGGUAAGUAUUGUUCCGUCAAGAAUGCAAGUACAAAGUAUACUUACUUUACUAGUGUCGACUCUCUGGGCGUUUCGUUCUCAGGCGAGCUUACGUUUCUUUAUUCUGGACCUACAAGAGAGAAUGCACGAAUGAUCUCUUGUACUUUUCCUGCGCAAGUGUCCAGACGAGUUGGGUGUGGCUGUGUGCGAUGCGGUGUGGAAACCGUUGAUCUAGAAAACAUCCGUUGGCUUGGAAUGGUGUAUGCUGACGUGAAACGCUGCUUGACCUCGCCUCUGUUUUCCACUCCACUCUUUCUUGAAAAGAGAGCAACCAACUCAUUUUUCCCCUUCGCCGUCAAAUCAGGUCUUCGUCCUGAAGGGGAUGGAUCCACUCUUUAUACGUUCUGGUCGCAAGAAUUCUUGUGUCGACUCUCUGGGCGUUUCGUUCUCAGGCGAGCUUACGUUUCUUUAUUCUGGACCUACAAGAGAGAAUGCACGAAUGAUCUCUUGUACUGUGUUUUACGGUCUUUAUUGACGUAUCUCACUGGCAGUUUCCUGCGCAAGUGUCCAGACGAGUUGGAAAACAUCCGUUGGCUUGGAAUGGUGUAUGCGGACGUGCAAUGCUGCUUGACCUCGCCUCUGUUUUCCACUCCACUCUUUCUUGAAAAGAGAGCAACCGACUCAUUUUUUCCCCUUCGCCGUCAAAUCAGUGGUGAACUAAGAAUUUGGCAUUCUCUCUGCAAAGUAUACGUUCUGGUCGCAAGAAUUCUUGAAAACAUCCGUUGGCUUGGAAUGGUGUAUGCGGACGUGCAAUGCUGCUUGACCUCGCCUCUGUUUUCCACUCCACUCUUUCUUGAAAAGAGAGCAACCGACUCAUUUUUUCCCCUUCGCCGUCAAAUCAGUAUACGUUCUGGUCGCAAGAAUUCUUGGCGAGCUUACGUUUCUUUAUUCUGGACCUACAAGAGAGAAUGCACGAAUGAUCUCUUGUACUGUGUUUUACGGUCUUUAUUGACGUAUCUCACUGGCAGUUUCCUGCGCAAGUGUCCAGACGAGUUGGGUGUGGCUGUGUGCGAUGCGGUGUGGAAACCGUUGAUCUAG